AUGAGCUAUCUUUUCAGCUAUCUUGUUAUCGUAACUGCAUCCAAUUUAUCAAUUGUGCUGUAUGACCUUGGUGAAAGCUCCUCAGUUCGCGUCAUUAGUUAUGAUGGUGGUUCUGGGCAAUCACUCUAUGUCUUUGAAGAUGGGAAUAUAUACUGGGUCAUCUACGAUCCCUCCAAUAACCGCUUUAUAAUUCUACGCACAUCUAAAGCAGGAGUAACAAGUAGCCUUGGGAUCUGGUACAUUGGAGAAAUUCGCGUAGUGGUAGACCGAUUAUAUAUUUAUGUAUUGGAUAAAGACAACAACCGAAUUGAUAUUUAUUCCAAAAGAACAUUGAUGAAGCUCGCUGAAUUGGCUGUACCGUCUGGUGUCUGUGAGUUGAUCCUGCCAAUUGGUAAGUAAAUUAGCAAAAUACAAUAUCAAUGGCGUUCAGUCACCUUUUUGCAAGCUCAGAACAUAGCUACUUUUGUUGCUAAAUGUUGUCAUGCUGUUUACCAAAACGCAUUUUGUUUGUGAAAUAUUUGACCUCAUAUAUAUUAUUAACUUACUGAUCGAAAGUGAAGGUUGCACGGGAAAUACCAAGCCGAGGUCUUUCUGUUGUAUUGAUUUAAAAAUAUUUACAAUAUUCUCAAUAAAAUUAUCGUGUUACCAUGAAAACUACUAUAAAUAUUUCACGUUCAGAAAAUAUAAUAGUUUUGCAGGCAAGGCGAAGGGUUUCUGCAUGCAUGAAUUUCUAUAUAUAUUUUACUCAAAUAGAAUAUGCUCAACUUUGCAUGUUCAAAACACAACUGAUAUUCUUGAGUUAAGAAUAUUCUAAAAACACUGUAAAAAACUUUCUCAACAUUUUAAAUAUUGACAAAGUUAUUUAACCCGGCACAACUAGCAGUCAACUCUUUUCCUUUGAAACUCUUGGCUAUCAUCUUUCCAACAUGAAGUCCACGUUCGAAUUUACUACAUGAGUAAAUUGUUAAACACGUCCGAAUUUAUCAAUAGAAUAAAUUUUGAGCCCUAACCCCUAACCUUAAUCUUAAUUUAACCCUAACCUAAUCUUUAUUUGACACUAAUCCAAAUUUUUUUCGAAAUCUACAUUUAUUUGUUUCUACGUUUUUUUUUUUUUGCUACUGUAGCCUAUGAAGAACAACUAUUAACCGGAUUAUUCGCUGUUCUUAAAUCAAUUAGACUUUUACCGGCUUUAUUGCAAAUGUAGAAAUGUGGUAAACAAGUUGUGUUUUAAUAAGCAAAUUCUCCAAAUUUGUUCGGUCAGCUUCGCCUGCUGUAACUGAACUGCCAAGUGGAACUAAUCUGCAGUAGGACUAAAUGUUUUAUUGGGCCAAACGUGUGUAUUUCCAAUACCUAUCCGCCAUACAUGAUCACCAUGAACGUUUUUGAAAAAUGCAAUUUGGAAUCUUAAUAUUAAUUUCUAGAUAUUGAUGAAUGUUGUUCCAGUAGCACAUGUCACAUGGACGCCACGUGUUUGGACACACCUGGAAGCUUUGUCUGUACUUGUAAUGAGGGCUUUGAGCAGAGUGGAGAUGAUUGCGUAGGUAAGUAUGUUAAAUAAUAUUAUUAAUUUAGUCAAUUCGAACAGUUCAGAGAGAAACAAUCACUCAGUAAACAGGAUGUUCUUUUAAAACAUUAAGUACCCAAAACGCCAUGUUUGUCGAAAAUGAAUUGGAAUUGUGGUUAAUUAAUACGAUUAUGCAGCAUAUAAUGGUUUUUGUAACAGGAAAAUUAAGUGGUUAUAAUAUAUUUUUGCAAAACAAUCUGUCUAUAACAAUGCCUCCUGGCCUUUGCUUUGUAUGAGAACUUUCCCAUCUGCGCUAUCAAAGAAAUUUUUUAGUUUUCUACGAAUUUUUUUUAAUACCUACUUUAUAUUUGGCCAUUUUAACCAACUUUAUUCGAUGUCGAAUUAUUAUUUGCACAUGUAUAUAUGCCGAUCCAAUUCUGAAUUUUUGAUUAAAUUUCAAGAAGGCUAAAGUAAAUGGGGAUUUUGUUGUUAUUACCACGUGUAAACGAAUUUCUAAAUCCAGAUUGUAAUCCUAAAUGGGGUUGUUAUUGAUAAUUUACAUUCUACAUAUGUUUUGUGUUCAGUGAAACUAAAUACAAAUCCGCAAUAGUAAGUAUUAUUCUUAUGAUCCCAUAUUUCCAUUAUCGUUGAAACUUUUGAAAUUCGCCGGUCGAUAUGGACCAUCAUCACGCUUAAUACCACUAAUACCACUACUGAAUAAAAUGCUUUCCGUACCUUCAGAAAAAGACCUGGUGGCCUAUCAUUUUACCGUUCAGUAAUGUAACUGUGUGUCGUUAGAUCAAACAGGAAACUCCUUUCAUAAAUUAUUGUGUCAUCAGUAGAAUGCUGUUUGUUGUUGUGAUCGAACCCAUGUUAUUGAGCCGUAACGAGGACGCACUAAUUCAGGUUUCAGAUGUUCAGUUUUUGUUUGAAUACAUUACUAGAUAUCAACGAAUGUGAUCGUGGUUACUGUGAUCCAAAUGCAGACUGUGUAAACUCUCAGGGAUCAUUUUAUUGCACUUGUAGAUCUGGCUUUGUAGGCAAUGAACUCAACUGCACAGGUAAUCAAAAAAUCUGUGAUACGAUGUUCUCUAUAGAAUAUAGGCCUAGUAUCGAAGGACGAUGAGUAUUCUGCAUGUAAAUAGCAUGAUUUUUUGGGGACCUCAGUCCAUAGAGCUAAGUUGAAGGGUUUUGUAGAUGAUUUUUCCAUCAACUAAACCCUUAAACUUAAAUUCAAUCGAGUGAGAUGUCAAAAAAGUCCUGAUAUUUACCCAUAUAUCUUUAGUAUAGCUAUAUACGAACUUGCGGAUAGAGAUCGACAAUUGGACUCAGUUUGUUAUCCAGAACUGCAUCGGAAUCGCCCGGCCAUAUUCAGGUUCGAUAAUAUUUAAGCAUGAAAUUUCCGUCUACAGACCCUUAGCAAAACGUGAUACAAAAUGAAAAUCCAUAUCACGUAAUUAUAGCCAAGUAAAUUACGAGAAUUUAAUUAUUUAUUCAUGUUUUUUUAGAAACCUGUGAAGAUGAGAUGCUAUUCUACUCUACAUCAUCACGGAUCAUAUCAAAUUCCUCAGUUAGCAUUCCUACUGCAGAUAAUAAUAUAUUAGGAUAUGACAAAUACAGCCGAAGAUUGUUGUAUUAUGAUGAUACGGAGAACCUAUACAGUGUUGCUUUGAAUGGUUUAAAUUCGACAGUUCUAAUCAAUAAAGCAAAUAUUGCAGAGUUUGCAUAUGAUGGUGAACGCGGUGUUCUAUACUACCAAAAUAGUGUAACAUUAAAAAUCAACUCAGUCAAUAUCAGCAGUGGAGAAGAUGCCCCAGUUCAAGCUUUGAAUUCUCUUUCUGGUAUAAAAGGCAUGGAGAUGGACACAAAAAAUCGGUAAUUGUCCACUAUUUGUAUAUUUAUUGAUUAUAUAGAUAUUAUUAGAUAUUAUUAGAUACAGAUUUGAAGCACCGUAAUACGGACCUACAAAAUUGCUGCGUUAAUCCAGUUUUCCACUUCAACCCUAUCUUAGCGUGGUGUUCAAAACGUUCUGGAUACUGUAUUAAGGAAUGCUUUAGAGAAGUUUCUUGGCACAUGCAUUGGCUUUAUUACUUUAUUUUGAAAUAUUUAUAGAUACCUAGUGAUUGCAAAAUCAUCCGAACCUCCUAUUGUUAGAGUUGAUAUUACAUCAUUUGAGAUGCAAGAAAUAAACUUUGAUGGUUCCGCACAAGCAUUGUCUGUUGAUCAAGAUAAUGAGGUCGUGUACUGGAUAAAUUUCGUCGUUUCCACAGAAAAACGCAAUCUGACGAGAUCAUCUUACACUGGUGAAACAGUGCCUCUUAAUAUCUAUUAUGAUGGGGAAAUUGAUCUGGCGCAAGACUACAUGCAUCUGUACGUGUUGGACAAAGAAAAUAAUAGAAUUGAGAAAUAUAACAAACGCACUUGGGUAAAGAUAAAUGUUUUCAAUAUCAAUGAUGGACCACAAAGAUUAAUCGUAGCAUUUGGUGAGUAGCUACAGUAGCUGCCAUUGUAAUUAGUGCACGAAAAUAUUUGAACACCAGUGGAUUAAGGUUGCCCUGUGUCUCGCCUACAUUGGCAAUUGUGGGCGUGUUUAUCAACACACUGAUGAACAACGAGCUGCGCAUCACCAACUACCUGCGCAACAACUACCUGCGCAACAACUACCUGCGCAUCACCACUUUAAAUACAUAUCAUGCACCAGCAACACUAUAGCUUUUUGGAACCAUGAUCCGUCUCCCAGAAAUAUAACAAUAAGGACCAAGAAGCUUUAAAAACUUUCUGACCAUGCAGGUUUAUUAACUAUGGUAUUGCCAAUGUUUUUCAUUCUUUUCUUGUCCUUUCAGAUUACGAUGAAUGUUGUGUUGGAACAUACUGCCCGGAAAUGUUGUCCACGUGUUCAAACACGCCUAGUAGCUUUGAAUGCAUGUGCAUUGAAGGAUAUUUUCUUAAUGGAACCAUCUGUCAAGGUGACAACACACUUAAUAACACAGCAUAGUAGAGUUCUUGAAGUUCAUUAACUAGACAGCAUUCUGCAGAGACACUCGAAUCAGCUGCUAAUAAAAGUAGGAGAACAACAAGGAUGCAUUCUGAAACUGACAUCCUCCAGCAAUGAAAGUGAUAAAUGUCCAAUUUAAUUUAAUUUGCAUCUAAAUCCAACAAAAUGUGAUAAGCUUAUACCCUUGGCGUGUGAGCAUUACCUCAACAAAUGUUGUUGCUAAAACGUUUUGAGUUGUUCUGCUGACAGAAAAUCAAAUUGACAAAAACAACAAACAACAACCUCCUGACGAAAGUGAUUACAAUUUCUUCUUACAUUCUUUUCACCCGUUUUGAAAAUUACGCGACCAAGGACGAAAAUGCUAGAGUUGACAUGUCAGUUUUAUGUCCUUCUGUCACGAAGUUUAAACUUUGAGUUUUGUGGUUCCAUGUCGAUGUAUGUGCUUUGUAUGCUUUAUAUAAACAGGCUUACAAUGAUUUUCAAGAUAUUUUAGUGAGAAUUAUUGCAAAAUUUAAGCACAAACAAAAUCAUAACAUCACCGUUAUAGUCUAGCGCGCGUGUUUUAUACUGACAGCUAAAUUCCAGGAUAAAUUGUUAUUUUUCAAACUUUAAAAGUUAUUCACGACACAUAUUUCUGUUGUGAUGGUUUGUAUUGUGGGCUAGUUUGUAUAUCUAAGUUAUCUAACUCAUUUUUGUUCAGCUUUGGUAUUAAAUUGAAGACAUUUGAAGUAAGAGUAUUUUUCAGAGAGGUCGCGUAAUUUUGAAAACGGGUGUAAGUAAACCUGCUCGAAAGUUAUCCCAGCUUUCUGCUUGUUCGACUAAUCACUUUUUUAGUCUAGGACCUGUAUAUGAGUUUGUAUGCAUUUCAGUUAGGACAGAUAAUCUCAACUGUUUUAGCGCAAGUUGACCAUGACGGUCGACAUGUAACCCUACCCGAACCCCCAAUCCGGGGCGAAACGUCCGAAACUGACCACACCCAAAAACGACGCCCUCAUCAUAGUGCUAUCUAGCAAACCAUCAAAGCUUUGACUAUUCUGAGGUACUUAUGUGGUUCAGAGAUGGUGCUUCAAGGGGUGGUUAUUAAUACUUAGUGACCGAAGUAAUAAUAAUUUGAAAUGUACCUACCUCCUGCAAAUGGACGCAUUUGGCCAAAUUCUCCAUUUUACUCCGCUGUUUAAGGCCAAUCAAGUUGAAAUCCUUCCAAAUAUGUACAUCAGCUCAGACAUAAUGGUAUCAAGCACUUUUUAAGCAAGUUUUAAAUAGGUUACAAGCAGAUCGUAGCUGUUUAACCAUCGACAAGGUGAAACCACAACUUUGUCCAAUUCGGCACCAUUUUAUCAUCCCAUGUCGGUUGUAAACAAUUCGGCCUUGUUAUUCUUCCAUCUAAGCCAUUUUCAUUCCAAUAAUAACAAAUUGAACACUUUGUUAAGGGUAUCAAAAUAAAUAUGUAAACAAAAUAGAACAAAUGCAGCAUUUUAUCACCCUGUAAAAUGUUGCUUUCGAUUCUUUCAAAACAUUCCGUACAAAUCUCGCGUGGCAAAGCAACAAGUCGGUGACAGGCGGGUUAAUUUUUUCACGAAGAUAGAAGAAGGCUGCGUGAAAUGGAGUAAAAACUAAAUACAAUCAUACAAACGUUUGUUUUAUUUGUUGUAGCAACAAUAUGAAUAUGUCAUACUAUAAACUAAAUGUUGAUUGUUCGUCUUACAACACUGCUGUUACUGCGUGCUUUUGAUUUGCUUUUAUCUUCAAAAUCCCCCACCGCUGUUGCUUUGCCACGCGAGAGUUGUACGGAUUGUUUUGAAAGAAUCGGAAGCAACAUUUUACAGGGUGAUAAAAUGCUGCAUUUUUUCUAUUUUGUUUACAUAUUUAUUUUGAUACCCUUAACAAAGGAUUCAAUUUGUUAUUAUUGGAAUGAAAAUGGCUUGGAUGGAAGAAUAACACGGCCGAAUUGUUUACAGCCGACAUCGGCUGACAAAAUGGCGCCGAAUUGGACGAAGUUGUGAUUUUACCUUAUCGAUGGUUAAACAGCUAGGAUCCGCUUAAAACCCAUUUAAAACUUGUUUAAAAUGUGCUUGAUACCAUUAUGUCUGAGCUGAAGUACAUAUUUCGAUAAACAGCGGAGUAAAGUGGAGAAUUUGGCCAAAUACGUCCAUGCAUUUGCAGGAGGUAUGUACAUUUCAAAUUAUUAUUUCAGUCACAAAGUAUUAACUAUUUUACAGCAAAGCAGUGAUAGUAUACAUAAAUAAGUACCAAUUAUGUUUCUAUAAAAAAGGUUUAGGAAAAAUGGUAAUGUAGGUCCACUGCUGUUUAUCUGAAUUUGUAAGUCACAAAUUGACGUUUGACUAUGAGUAUUGCAUGGCCAUUUUCUUGUGAAAUAUCAGUGCUAGGCAUUUCACACUUACCAAUGACCACCCUUUUUUAAAAAGCACCAUCUCUGAACCAUAUAUGCACCCCAGAAUAGCCAAAGGUUAUAUGGUUUGGUAGAUAGCACUAUGGCGAGAGCGUCGUUUUUGGGUGUGGUCAGUUUCGGACGUUUCGCCCCGGAUUGGGGUUCGGGCAGCGUUACCAUGUCGACCGUCAUGGUCAACUUGCCCUAAAACGGUUGAGAUUAUCUGUCCUAAAUGAAAUGCAUACACACUCAUAUACAGGUCCUAGACUAUUUCUACUUAAUAUUUACAAUUACGAAAAUUGUGAACUGUUUCAAUUUCUAGUCCAUGUUGUGAGACAGAACCUGAAUAGACUGAAAAUAACUGCUAGAGUUGGAAAAUAACUGCUAGAGUUGAAUUUGAAACAUUUGACUUAGUUUGUAUAUAAAUUAUGUAAGAGGACAAAGAAUCCAUAUCGGUGUUGUAAAUCACGAAACUAUUAUUAAAAUUUACUUUUUGUUUUAGAUAUAAUUGACUGUGAUGAUGAGCAUCCUCCGUGUCACGUGAAUGCCACAUGUAAUGAUAUCCCUGGAUCAUAUGAAUGCAACUGUUCGGAAGGUCUCACUGGCAAUGGCACAUAUUGUGAAGGUAUAUAUAGACAUUUUUUUAUAAAUAUAACUUCUUCAAAUCAUAUUUAAAUUGGGUGUGAAGUUUUAUCCUUUAGUACACCAUUAUGUCUGCAAUAUUAUCAGCAAAAAUUUGAUAAUCUUGACCGUAUUUAAAAAUUAUUGAUACGCUACCAUAAGUAUGAUUCCUUACGAUUCUCCCGUAAGUUUAAUGUGAGAAUUUUGUAUGAAGUUUUGUGAGAAACGUUCUUCAACCUUGUUGCUGAGGAAAACUUUCAAUAGACUGCCGUUUGCUUAACUAAACUAACUUAGUUUCUACAAUAGAUAGUUCUCCAUGAAUAAACUGAUUUAUAAAAGUGGUUGGAAUUAAGCAGCCUAUAAAACGUUUUCUUGAGAUUUUCUUGUUCUAAGUUCCUGGAUACACAUUUAUUAAAGGACUACCAUAUAAAUAUAUCAACCUUUAUGAUGAAUGCUUUUACUUGUAUAUUUGCCAGUUCGUAGAAACAGACGCUAAAUUUUUAUGGGUGUUUUUUAAUGUUCUAAGACAUUGAUGAAUGCAUGGUUGGAGGUUUCUGCCAUGACAAUGCCACAUGUGACAUUACUUAUGGAUCAUACCGUUGUGAAUGUUACGAAGGUUUCACUGGGGACGGAAAGAACUGCACAG